GGCGGGGCUUUCCCAACCGGGGCCAGCAGCCGGCCGCCAUGUGCGGGGCCCCCCUUUGGGGCUGCGGCCGGACCCGGCCAGCUCGCCGGGGGCUUGGGGGCGCGCGUCUCCCGCCCCACCGCUGUCAUGGCUGAGCGUGCGCCGGGCGCGCACACAAAGGGAGGCAGGAAGGAGCCAUGUUCUGUGCGCGGCGGCGAGCAGCGGCCAUUCCGGGAGGCCGCCGCGCUCUGAUCUGGCGAGAGCCGCGGGGGCCCGCGCCGCUGCCAAAAUCAGCAAAAAUGGGCAAAGGUGAUCCUAAGAAGCCAAGAGGUAAAAUGUCUUCAUAUGCCUUCUUUGUGCAAACUUGCCGGGAGGAGCACAAGAAGAAGCACCCAGAUGCUUCAGUGAACUUUUCAGAGUUCUCAAAAAAAUGUUCAGAACGGUGGAAGACUAUGUCUGUUAAGGAAAAAGGAAAGUUUGAAGAUAUGGCGAAGGCUGACAAGGUUCGUUAUGAAAGAGAAAUGAAAAAUUAUAUACCACCCAAAGGGGAAACAAAAAAGAAGUUCAAGGAUCCUAAUGCACCGAAGAGGCCUCCUUCAGCUUUUUUCUUAUUCUGCGCUGAAUUUCGUCCAAAAAUCAAAGGAGAACAUCCUGGUCUGUCCAUUGGAGAUGUUGCAAAGAAACUGGGAGAGAUGUGGAAUAACACUGCUGCAGAUGAUAAACAGCCCUAUGAAAAGAAGGCUGCUAAACUGAAGGAGAAGUAUGAAAAGGAUAUUGCUGCAUACCGGGCUAAAGGGAAGCCUGAUGUAGGAAAAAAGGUGGUUGCCAAAGCUGAGAAGAGCAAGAAAAAGAAGGAGGAGGAGGAGGAUGAAGAUGAGGAUGAGGAUGACGAGGAGGAUGAAGAUGAUGAUGAGGAUGACGACGAGGAUGACGAUGAUGAUGAAUAAGUCUCUUCUAGAGCAAUUUCUUGUCUAUAAAGCAUUUAAACCCCCUGUACACAACUCACUCCUUUUAAAGAAAAAAAAAAUUGAAAUGUAAGGCUGUGUAAGAUUUGUUUUUAAACUGUACAGUGUCUCUUUUUUUGUAUAGUUAACACACUACCGAACGUGUCUUUAGAUAGCCCUAUCCUUAGUGGUAUUUCAUUGGCCACUAAACUUGCCUGGUACAGUGUGGGGGUUGUAAAUUGGCAUGAAAGUUUUAAAGCAGGUUCUUGUUGGUGCACAGCACAAAUUAGUUAUAUAUGGGGAUGUAGUUCAUUUUUCAUCUUCAGUUGUCUCUGAUGCAUCAUCAAAAUAAUUGUUGUUCUGUUAACUGAAUACCACUCUGUAAUUCCAAAAAAAAAAAAAAAAAAAAAGCUGCAGCUGUUUUUGUUGACAUUCUGAAUGCUUCUGAGUAAAUACAAUUUUUUUAUUAGUAUUGUUGUCCUUUUAAUAGGUGCCCUUGAAAAAUCAUAAUUUUUCUUUUUGAGGGGAACUCAUCUUUGCUUUAUUGUAUGCCCAUUUGGGAUCACGUGAUUAUUACAGUUUUCAUCUUUUCAUGUAACCAGCUGAUAAACGAAGCUUUGAUCUGCAUACCCUUCAUAAUCAUGAUAGGGUAGGCAAAGAAAUAUACAGGCAUAUGAUAAAACAGAACUUUCUUCCGUAACUGGAAACAAACAAAAAAAUCUCAACCAACUGAUAUUUGCUCGGAUUUUGUGAAAUGUAAUAUUGAGUUGCGUAAGUUUACCAGACUUGGAGAGUUGAGAAGUAUAGAAUUCAGUUUUACAGCAUGGAAUACUUCAGAAAAAAACCUCUAAAAUGCUGUCCUAGAAGGACCAGUAGGAAGGGUAUACUAUUAUCAUUGUGUGUGAGGAAUUUACAUGCGACUCAUUACUAUGUAAUGGAAGUUGUAUCUGUAAAUCUCUGAACACUCGAGAUAAACAUGCCCCUAAAAUGUAUGAAGUUAAAAAUUAUAAAAGUACCAUAUUGAUUUUUUUUGUCAACAACAACAUAGUGAUGGCUGUGGACUUUAUACCAUGAAACUCUCCUGGUAGUAAAUAGCCCACAAGAAAGGAUUUUACUUUCCAAUGUUUCUAUAAAUGGUACCAUUAUUUGUUUAAAUCUAUGUAAAUUCAUAUUUUUAAUCUUAAAAUUCUAGUUUUAGCCCUUUAAACAAAGUUGUAUAUUGUCUCAAACUAAAAUGAGAUAAGAUGUAUUUUUCCCGUUAGGUUUUUAUACCGCACUCUUCAUGUUUGCCCAUUUAUAAGUUAAAUAUAGUUGUAUGGAAAAGUACAUUUUAUUAAAUUUUUGCAUUUAAAAAGUGAAAUGUUUAACUAUGAUAUAUACCAACAAUGUCUAAUUUGAUCAAAUAUAAUUCUCUUCCAAAACCAAAGCUAAGGUUUUUUUUUUUGUUUGUUUGUUUUUUGUUUUUUGUUUUUUCAUAUUCAGUAAAACUUCAAGUGCUGGCAACUGUAACUGUUUUCACAUGUACCUGCUUACCAGUUUGGGGGACAAUUUGGCAAUUUUGUGGUUAUAAAAUUAUGGUUCUCAAGUGCCAGUGUUUAAAAAUAGCAUUGUAAUUUUACACGCUUUUGUGAUGGAGUAUUGUUUUGUUAUACAAUUUUGACUUUCAGAUUCUUAUUUCGAUUUGCAUUUGUUUAUGUAUAACUUCAGGAGAAAUACUGAACACCUGGAUCCUGGAUGAUACUAAUAAACUAAUAAUUGCAGAGGUUUUAAA